AUAUAUUUAAUUGCUAGUAUGUUAUGCUGUUAUAGAUAUAGCAUAGUUUUAGAAACACAGUCAUUAUAUGGUAAAUAUAAAUCUGUCUUGACUGAGCUUUUUGAUUCGGACUGACUUUCUACUAUUUUAUCCUACAGUUCCUCCUCCUGUCAACGUGCGCCUGAUCUGCCACAAUUUCCACAAUGUGAUCUAUUGGAACUACAGUGAACCAUCUCUACAGCCACAGUUCAAUGUGGAAAUGAGAAGAAUACAUUCUGGGUAGGUGCUGCAGCAUAUUGGUUGCUUAAUCGCUCACGUUUAUAUUUUUCACCAAAUAGGGCCUAGGCUAUCCAGUGUAGCGUAUAUAGCUAGUGAAUAUUAAAUGUUUCUUGCCACAAUACCACAAUUGCCACAAUUUCAAGUAGAAAUUGGAAAAUGUACAUGCACUGUCAGACCCAUAGAAAUGUAAAGUCCUGUCAACAGUUCUUUGUCAGCUUCUCCAUUGUAAUUGUGAACUAACAUUUCAGUCCAAAUCAGAGGUUGCCACUAACCCACAACAAUUGUUUUCCUCUAUCUUUCAGUGCUGCCUUGGUUUGUUCAAACACUUCACUCUACCACUGCGAUGUCUCCUCAUUUACCAAAGUAAUUGAAGAGGGCUACCGUUUCAUAUUAACUGCUGUUGUUGGACAAAAUACAAAUUCCUCUGAAAUUUCAUUCACCUACGACGAUAUUGUGAAAUCAGACCUGGUGGAUGUACAGUGUAAGUUCUCACACUGAGCUAACCAAAAGGCGAAUUAUGGGAACAAUGUUAUACAGUAUGUAGCGAUUGACAAAUAGAAUUGGGGUAGUAUCUUGAAAGGGUUUGUAAAUACACUGUAUGCACUGCAGCACAUGUAGCCUUUAUUUGUUGAUCUGACCACAAUGCUCAGAGGUGGGAGAUUUUGCACAUAUUUUCUGACCUCAGAUUUGCACGAAGUAAUGGUCUUUUGUGUGUUUUUUUUAGGCUCAUUGGAUUUCCCACCUGUCAACAUCUCAGCUGUAUUUGAUAAAAUGAUAAAAGUUCAAUUCAUUCACCCGUUUCACAUCUACAAACAUGCCAUCAUCAAAUAUGAAAGACCGGAUCAUAAGGAAUUAGAUUACAUGGUUAUCACAGAAUAUCACUUGGUAAGAACUGACAGAAAAUCAUGACUUAGGAAUUACUAUUUGAUGGUUUCGAGAGAUUUAGAUUUUUCUCAUGUGUAUACCCGCUGCAAAUAGUUUUCACUUGCAAGCAAAGCAGCUUUAUUUUUCGAAAGGGAACACAUUUAUAUAUUUUUAUGAACAUUAUAUAAAACACGUUUUUCAGUUUUGUUGGAAUAUAGGCUAAAUAUAUUCCUUUUUUUAUUUCCCCAGGAAGGGUUUAAUUUUACCUGCUCCUACAAGCAACACCAUAUGUGUGAGGCUGAAAUACCAGUUGAUGGAGAGAUGGACAGGCACUGCAUCAAGAUAAAAGGAAAAAUGAAGAAUGUUCCUGUUUCAGCUCACCAGAACAUAUGCAUUGAGGUGAAGCAUGAGGAUUCUGGUAAGACUUUUAAUUUCUCACAUGAUGGAAAUGUCAAAGUGACAUUAGGUCUCAGUAGGUCUGUUAUUGUUUAGCAAAUAUUGUCUGUAAUCAUUUGAUAAACCACAUCUGCUAAUAUCUGAUACGUGCUUUGAAAGUUAUACCUGUCUAUUGUCAUACUAUGACUGAUUUUGUCAUCAAAUGCUCAAUUAGGAUGCUGUACAGUUUUGUAUGUGAAAUCAGUUUGACUGUCAGUCUAACUGCUGGAUUUGUCCCCUGUAGGUCCUAGCUACACUGCCCUCUACAUUGUGAUCCCUAUCGUUGUCAUGGUUGUGAUUGUGUUCAUCGUGUGGCUGAUAUACAGUAAACUGACAACUGGCUCAUUCCCUCAAACAAAGUCUUUGGUGUGUUCAGCCUUUCAACUGUUUGGCCUGCACUGCAGUGGAUUUAUUCAUAAAGCUACUCCAUAUAGACUAGAUUAUAGUCAUGUAGAGAUGGUUUCAGGAGAGCACUUGUUGGUACAUUGUAGAAAUGAUGAGUGUCAUGUUCCUGUUGGAGUUAUUAAACUAUUGAUAUGCUACUUCCUGCAAACACUGUCAAAACAAUAGUACAUUAAAAACAUAUUUCACCCACAGAAUGUUUCACUGAAUGUUGAAUAUUCUCCUUCUCUGGUAGGCUUCCAUGCUGUCACAUAUGGGUUCAGGUGUGUCCCUUAUGCACCCUGAGAGAGCCAUUCUGAGUGAGGUACAAACAGGUGGCUCCCCCCUCCUGCAGACCCCCGUGGAUUUUUUGCCAGAUGAGACCCUCACAGUCACCAGUACCCCCCAGGAAGAGGUCCUCCGCCUCCCCAUUGGACUGAAGGACCAGGAGUGGAGCGGUGGGGACGUCAUGUCGCCCAACGAGGGGUCAGGCUCUUCACUGGAGGUAACGAGAGGGUUGGGACUGGAGGUAAAGAGGGACUUCUCUGAGCUGUCGGACUAUGACUGCCCCCAUAGACCUGUGAUAGAGGAGAUGAGUCCUGGGGACACUGUUACGGGAUACAAGAUCUGAGAUCUGAGUUUCUGUCAAGAGAUGGUCAUGUUUUGCUUUAUCUUGACCAGGUCGCAGUUGUAAAUGAGAACUUGUUCUCAACUGGCUUACCUGGUUAAAUAAAGGUGAAAAAUAAAAUAAAAAAUUGUAUUUGCAUAUCCUCAGCUUGGGCAUCCCCUUGACUGUACCCAAAUCUGUUUGGGGGAGAGCAGGGUAUCAGUUUAGUCUUUGAUUGGUUGUUCUAGGCCCACAGCCUGGAGUACAACCAACCAUUUUCCUGUUCCUUUCACAUUUCAAUGGGCAGUCUAUGGUGGAGAUGGAGAGGAUAAUCAGAGGGGUAACCUGGGAUAGUGAAAACCAAGUGGUAUUGCAUUCUGGGAACUAGUGUAAAAAAUACAUGUCCUCAUUCUUGGCCUGCCCCAUUGUAAUGUUGAAUUUCAUUAGGCCAAAUUAAGACAUUUCCUAUAGCAUCUUUGUACAAGAAAAUCUAUAUAGUUCCUCUUGUCCAUUAUUUUACUGUGCCUUCUUAAGUGGGUUGGGAGAGCAGAAUGAAUAUAUUCAUUAGGUUAUUGUCUUUUGUCUUGUGCUGUGUAUAUUUGUUGUAUUUGCAGUUUUUACAUGGCUGUCAUUUAUGUACAAUGUUCCAAAAUAUUACUAGGAACAUGUCCUAUUAUAUUCAGAUGAACAAGUUAAACCAAUGCAAGGGGAUGUGGUGAUAAUUUCUGUUGUUAUCGGUGCCUUGCUGUUUGCCCUGUACCUAAUCAUUUAGUUUUUGAUUGUGCACAAUUUUGAUAUCAUACAGCAACAUAUUUUUCUUUUAAUGAUUAAUGAUAAGGCUUUCUCUAUGUUGUGUGCAAAAAAUUUGGUUGUUUUUAAUUUAAACUCAGCAAAAAAAAGAAACGUCCUCUCACUGUCAACUGCGUGUAUUUUCAGCAGACUUAACAUGUGUUAAUAUUUGUAUGAACAAGAUUCAACAACUGAGACAUAAGCUGAACAAGUUCCACAGACAUGUGACUAAUAGAAAUGGAAUAACGUGUCCCUGAACAAAAGUAACAGUCAGUAUCUGGUGUGGCCACCAGCUGCAUUAAGUACUGCAGUGCAUCUCCUCCUCAUGGACUGCACCAGAUUUGCCAGUUCUUGCUUUGAGAUGUUACCCCACUCUUCCAUCAAGGCACCUGCAAGUUCCCUGACAUUUCUGGGGGGAAGGGCCUUAGCCCUCACCCUCCGAUCCAACAGGUCCCAGACAUGCUCAAUGGGAUUGAGAUCCGGGCUCUUCGCUGGCCAUGGCAGAACACUGACAUUCCUGUCUUGCAGGAAAUCACACACAGAACUAGUAGUAUAGCUGGUGGCAUUGUCAUGCUGGAGGGUCAUGUCAGGAUAAGCCUGCAGGAAGGGUACCACAUGAGGGAGGAGGAUGUCUUCCCUGUAACGCACAGCGUUGAGAUUGCCUGCAAUGACAACAAGCUCAGUCCGAUGAUGCUGUGACACCGCCCCAGACCAUGACGGACCCUCCACCUCUAAAUUGAUCCCGCUGCAGAGUACAGGCCUUGGUGUAACGCUCAUUCCUUUGACGAUAAACACGAAUCCGACCAUCACCCCUGAUGAGAUAAAACCGCGACUCGUCAGUGAAGAGCACUUUUUGCCAGUCCUGUCUGGUCCAGCGAAUGUGGGUUUGUGCCCAUAGGCGACGUUGUUGCCGGUGAUGUCUGGUGAGGACCUGCCUUACAACAGGCCUACAAGCCCUCAGUCCAGCCUCUCUCAGCCUAUUGCGGACAGUCUGAGCACUGAUGGAGGGAUUGUGCGUUCCUGUUGUAACUCGGGCAGUUGUUGUUACCAUCCUGUACCUGUCCCGCAGGUGUGAUGUUCGGAUGUACCGAUCCUGUGCAGGUGUUGUUACACGUGGUCUGCUACUGCGAGGACGAUCAGCUGUCCGUCCUGUCUCUCUGUAGCGCUGUCUUAGGCGUCUCACAUUACGGACAUGGCAAUUUAUUGCCCUGGCCACAUCUGCAGUCCUCAUGCCUCCUUGCAGCAUGCCUAAGGCACGUUCACGCAGAUGAGCAGGGACCCUGGGCAUCUUUCUUUUGGUGUUUUUCAGAGUCAGUAGAAAGGCCUCUUUAGUGUCCUAAGUUUUCAUAACUGUGACCUUAAUUGCCUACCGUCUGUAAGCUGUUAGUGUCUUAACGACUGUUCCACAGGUGCAUGUUCAUUAAUUGUUUAUGGUUAAUUGAACAAGCAUGGGAAACAGUGUUUAAACCCUUUACAAUGAAGAUUUGUGAAGUUAUUUGGAUUUUUACGAAUUAUCUUUGAAAGACAGGGUCCUGAAAAAGGGACGUUUAUUUUUUUGCUGAGUUUGUUUUAAAAUCACGUUUCCCCUAUAAUUUCCCUUAUAUUUGUUUUUUUGUAUUUUCUUUGCAUACUAUACAAUAAAAGCUAAUUAUAUGGAUUCUUGUAAUUACUAUGUUAAUAAAUGCAGAUUUGAAAGAGCAAACAAAUUGUUAUCCUUGCAUGGUAGACUGAAGGACAUUUUCAUGUCAAUGAAAUUCUACCAUAGAGGAAGGGAAGUACAUAUUUCAGCAAAGCCAAACAACAGGUAUUGUAUUGAUGAAUAUUGAAGCAGACCUUAAAAGGAAAGAGCCUAACUGCUGUUAUUGAAAUGCUUCCUCAAAAAGGUACUACUAAAUAAGUACGAACUGUUGGAUGUCUAUGUUUGCACAGGUCGCAUAUAAGACUCCCCAUUGGAGACCAGGGUUCAAUUCCCGUGUCCACCCUUCCCACUGUUUCUCCGACUUGCCUGUCUCCCCCUCUGAUUUCCUUACUGUCUAAAUAAAAAGAAAAUACAACAAAUAUAUAUAUUUGAAACAAAAAGUAAUGGCACCAUCUGAAACAUGCUGCUGUGCAAAUGAAACCCACUCCUAAAAGUGAAGUGUGAAAAUACAUGAUUGAAUCCUGACCUUAUUAUAUUGAAAUGAGCAUGAAGAUUGUGAACAUGAAGAUUGCAGUCGCAGACAUAGGUAGUGGUACAUUGGCAAUGUUAGCAUAGAAAAAAGGAAUCUGCAUUAGUAUAUAAAAGUCUCUGGUAGCUUCACUUUAGACAAGAAGAGAGGAUUCCGUUGCGGUCUAUAUUUUUUUGAACGGUAUAGGCCUUCACAUUCGAUUCUCCCAGCAGCACUGAGCUGUGGAUGAUCCCAAGCCUGGCCUCUUCAUAGUAAGGUGCACACAUGUCCCUCCCCAGUAUGAUGCCAUGUGUCUGGCCAGACCGCCUUAAGGGGUACGACACAGUCAGCCUCUGCAGAUGCUGUACUGUGAAAGAGCCCAAAGAGGCUUGCUUGCUUCCUACAGAGUUGCACUUGAUCAGCGUGAGAUGCCACACCUCCGAGUUGUUCAGCAGGAGGGACACGUUGAGUGGGGACGUGUACCAGAUGGUCAGGCGUCUUAUUUGCACCGAGCUGGAGCUGUCUGACCGGUGCAGCAAAGAGAGUGAGUGGUCCUUACAGGUAUACUCUCUGGGGAUGAUGACGCCACAGGCCACCAGCUCAUGGACACAAGCACAGUAUAACAGGCUGUGGUCAGUCACGUGGGCCAGUUUGAACUCUGGCCUGAGGAGGCCGGAAACCGCCAUCAAUAUCAAGCAGGAUAACAGAGCCUGACCAAGGUGCCUGAGGGCCGACGUCUCCAACGAGGCCCUCACACAGCACAGCAACCGUGAUUGUACUCCCGAGUGGCAGGGCUCUAAGGCACUGCAUCGCAGUGCUAGCUGUGCCACUAGAGAUCCUGGUUCGAAUCCAGGCUCUGUCGUAGCCGGCCGCGACCGGGAGACCCAUGGGGUGGCGCACAAUUGGCCAAGCGUCGUCCAGGGUAGGGGAGGGAAUAGCCGGCAGGGAUGUAGCUCAGUUGGUAGAGCAUGGCGUUUGCAACGCCAGGGUUGUGGGUUCGAUUCCCACGGGGGGCUAGUAUGAAAAAAUAAAAAAUGUAUGUAUGCACUCACUAACCGUAAGUCGCUCUAGAUAAGAGCGUCUGCUAAAUGACGUAAAUGUAAUUAGGACUCAUCUGUGUGUGUGGGAGAGAGAAGCAGACCACACAGUCCGUUGAGACAGAGAGGCACACCUCAUUGAAGUCAGGCCAAGUUGGUGAUGGAUCCUGUUCCCCAGCCAGAGACUGAGGAAAUCUUCAGACCUAACUAAGUACAGUGGGGGGGAAAAAGUAUUUAGUCAGCCACCAAUUGUGCAAGUUCUCCCACUUAAAAAGAUGAGAGAGGCCUGUAUUUUCAUCAUAGGUACACGUCAACUAUGACAGACAAAAUUAGAAGAAAAAAAAUCCAGAAAAUCACAUUGUAGGAUUUUUUAUGAAUUUAUUUGCAAAUUAUGGUGGAAAAUAAGUAUUUGGUCAAUAACAAACGUUUCUCAAUACUUUGUUAUAUACCCUUUGUUGGCAAUGACACAGGUCAAACGUUUUCUGUAAGUCUUCACAAGGUUUUCACACACUGUUGCUGGUAUUUUGGCCCAUUCCUCCAUGCAGAUCUCCUCUAGAGCAGUGAUGUUUUGGGGCUGUCGCUGGGCAACACAGACUUUCAACUCCCUCCAAAGAUUUUCUAUGGGGUUGAGAUCUGGAGACUGGGUAGGCCACUCCAGGACCUUGAAAUGCUUCUUACGAAGCCACUCCUUCGUUGCCCGGGCGGUGUGUUUGGGAUCAUUGUCAUGCUGAAAGACCCAACCACGUUUCAUCUUCAAUGCCCUUGCUGAUGGAAGGAGGUUUUCACUCAAAAUCUCACGAUACAUGGCCCCAUUCAUUCUUUCCUUUACACGGAUCAGUCGUCCUGGUCCCUUUGCAGAAAAACAGCCCCAAAGCAUGAUGUUUCCACCCCCAUGCUUCACAGUAGGUAUGGUGUUCUUUGGAUGCAACUCAGCAUUCUUUGUCCUCCAAACACGACGAGUUGAGUUUUUACCAAAAAGUUAUAUUUUGGUUUCAUCUGACCAUAUGACAUUCUCCCAAUCCUCUUCUGGAUCAUCCAAAUGCACUCUAGCAAACUUCAGACGGGCCUGGACAUGUACUGACUUAAGCAGGGGGACACGUCUGGCACUGCAGGAUUUGAGUCCCUGGCAGCGUAGUGUGUUACUGAUGGUAGGCUUUGUUACUUUGGUCCCAGCUCUCUGCAGGUCAUUCACUAGGUCCCCCCAUGUGGUUCUGGGAUUUUUGCUCACCGUUCUUGUGAUCAUUUUGACCCCACGGGGUGAGAUCUUGCGUGGAGCCCCAGAUCGAGGGAGAUUAUCAGUGGUCUUGUAUGUCUUCCAUUUCCUAAUAAUUGCUCCCACAGUUGAUUUCUUCAAACCAAGCUGCUUACCUAUUGCAGAUUCAGUCUUCCCAGCCUGGUGCAGGUCUACAAUUUUGUUUCUGGUGUCCUUUGACAGCUCUUUGGUCUUGGCCAUAGUGGAGUUUGGAAUGUGACUGUUUGAGGUUGUGGACAGGUGUCUUUUAUACUGAUAACAAGUUCAAACAGGUGCCAUUAAUACAGGUAACGAGUGGAGGACAGAGGAGCCUCUUAAAGAAGAAGUUACAGGUCUGUGAGUGCCAGAAACCUUGCUUGUUUGUAGGUGACCAAAUACUUAUUUUCCACCAUAAUUUGCAAAUAAAUUCAUAAAAAAUCCUACAAUGUGAUUUUCUGGAUUCUUUUCUCUCUCAAUUUGUCUGUCAUAGUUGACGUGUACCUAUGAUGAAAAUUACAGGCCUCUCUCAUCUUUUUAAGUGGGAGAACUUGCACAAUUGGUUGCUGACUAAAUACUUUUUUCCCCCACUGUAGCUUUUGGAUGAUGGAGAGAACGUCCAAUCACGUACUAUCUUUUUUGUCUGUUUGUAGCUCCGUCCAGGCUGAGCUGCUCCAUGGGCUGUUUGAGGCUGUCCUGAUCAGCUGGAAUUGAGGAUAUUGGCUCAGGAGCCUUGUUAGCACAGGGUCACAUCUGUAAACAACAGAAUGAACAGUAUAUACAUACAGUUCAUCCUGGACCUCACUCAAAGAUGACUCCCACAGUACAUCUAUCAAGUCAUUAGACGUCUAACAUGAUUUUAAUCUAUAUACUUGUCUUUCCACAUAUAUAUAUUUUUUCAGGCCAACGUGUGUGAUUAAGUGACAUAUUGGCAGAUAUUAGCCUCAUACCUGUUGUAAUUACCUGAUUGUUUGGAGGUGUUAUGCAAAACCACAAGAGGGCCUUGGAUCGAAAAACAGAUUAGUUAGCAGUGUUUUUAGAGACAAGCUAUUGCUUAGCAGUUCAUUUGUAGUAUGUUCCAGGGAUUCUGAGAACAUCUAUUAAAGAUGUGAGAUGUGUGCUAGUAACUAGUGUUUGUUGGUUGUGAUCAGGAACGCAGGACACAUCCAGCUGUGCUCUAUUAACUCCCUCCCUGAGAGAUGAGUGUGUCCCUUUGCUUCAACUCUGGAGGGUCAUUGGAUACUAUGUGCAGUUCCUUAUGGAAUCACACUCACGUGGAUACACACACAUUCUUAAUAUAAUAUAAUAUAAUAUGCCAUUUAGCAGACGCUUUUAUCCAAAGCGACUUACAGUCAUGCGUGCAUACAUAAUUUUUUUUGUGUAUGGGUGGUCCUGGGGAUCGAACCCACUACCUUGGCGUUACAAGCGCCGUGCUCUACCAGCUGAGCUACAGAGGACCACGUUGUUUAAUAGUGCAGAUUUUUAUUUAUUUAUUAUGGACAGGAUUGCACAAAGGCUGUUGUUUAUAUGUAUUGGCUUGAUAAAAAGGGUGAUACAAUUCAUAGUUUGUUCAAGUUAGCCUUUGUUCAAAAUGUCCGGAUACAUAUUUUUUAGGGGUGUAACGAUUCGUUUUAACAACGAUUCGAUUUGUAUCACGAUUCGUGGUUGUCGAUACGAUUUAAGGACGAUAUUGGUUCAUUUAGAACGAUACGAUCCGAAACGAUUCAGUGACUUGAAAUCGAUUCAGUAACAUUUUAGCCAAAAAUUCAACCAGUGUGACUGAAAUAAAUACCUGGAUACUGGACAGUGCAGGUGAAGUUUCCUAGAUUCCUGUUUCUUGUAAGGACCGCAAUGGUGGCUUGAUAAUUUCUCGCUCGUCGGCUUCUCCUCUGUCGUCCGCCAUGCUAUGUUUUGUUGUCUUGGCGCCUUUGCGCUGCUGCUGGCACGAUGACGUCACGGAUAGGCAGACUGAAUCGAGUAAUGUUUAAAGCCUUUAUCAUUAAAAGUGCUAAGAAAAAACAUCCAUAUAAAGUCUGACGUGCUUAAAUCCAACGGGUUAUUUCCUAGUAUCGAUACAAUCGAUUUAUUACAUUUUAAAACGAUGUUAGAUCGAUAUAUGUUGUCCAAAAGGCCAACUCGCCGAGCACAGAUCGAUGUAGUUGGACCAUAGGAAUAUAAAUCGAUACAUCGAUGUAGUAGAUGGAUCGUUACACCCCUAAUAUUUUUAUUUUUAUUAAUUUUUUAACUUAACCGUUUUUGUGUUUUUGAUGAAGACUCCCUCAUGACUGGUUCAGUUACAAAAAAAAUCAAGAGGGGCUUCCUAUCUAUCACGGGUCUCCCCAUAGAUCCAGAGCUUUAUUUUGGUAUCACCAUAUAGCCAGAGCUUUGUUUUGGUCUCACCAUAGAACCAGAGCUUUGCUUUGGUCUCACCAUAGAACCAGAGCUUUGUUUUGGUCUCACCAUAGAGCUAGAGCUUUGUUUUGGUCUCAUAGAACCAGAGUUUUGUUUUGGUCUCACCAUAGAACCAGCGCUUUGUUUUGGUUUCACCAUAGAACCAGAGCUUUGUUUUGGUCUCACCAUAGAACCAGAGCUUUGUUUUGGUCUCACUAUAGAACCAGAGCUUUGUUUUGGUCUCCCCAUAGAGCCAGAGUUUUGUUUUGGUCUCCCCAUAGAGCCA